CGCGGUGCCCGAACCCGUGCGCCCCAGCUCGACGCGCGCCCUCCCUCCAUGGCGUUUAUCCGGAAGAAGCGACGGGAGCAACAGCAGCAGCUCUAUUCCAAGGAGAGAUUUUCCUUGCUGCUGCUUAAUUUGGAGGAAUACUACUUUGAACAGCACACAGCUAGCCAUAUCCAGCAUAAAGGCAGUCCAGAUGAAAGGAAAUGUAGAGGCUCCUUAAAAAUAUGCUCUAAAUCAGUGAUUUUUGAGCCAGAUGCUAUAUCCCAGCCCAUUAUUAAGAUUCCUCUAAGAGAUUGUAUAAAAAUAGGAAAAUAUGGAGAAAAUGGAGCCAGUAGACACUUUGCAAAGUCAAAAUCUGGGGGAAUUUCAAUAAUUUUCAGUCAGGUAUACUUCAUUAAAGAGCAUAACAUUGUUGCACCAUAUAAAAUAGAAAGGGGCAAAAUGGAAUAUGUCUUUGAACUGGACGUUUCUGGGAAAGUGGAAGACGUCACGGAGACCUUGCUUCAGCUUCACAGAGCAUCCUGCCUUGAUAAACUAGGAGAUCAAACUGCCAUGAUAACUGCUAUUCUGCAGUCACGUUUGGCUAGGACAUCAUUUGACAAAAACAGAUUCCACAGUGUAACUGAAAAGCUACACAUGGAAUGUAAAGCGGAGAUGGUGACACCUCUAGUGACCAACCCUGGACACGUGUGCAUCACAGACACAAACCUGUAUUUCCAGCCUCUCAACGGGCACCCGAAACCUGUGGUCCAGAUAACACUCCAUGAUGUUCGCCGCAUCUACAAAAGGAGGCACGGCCUCAUGCCUUUGGGCUUGGAAGUAUUUUGCACGGAAGAUGAUCUGUGUUCUGACAUCUACUUAAAGUUCUAUGAACCGCAAGACAGAGACGACCUCUAUUAUUAUAUCGCCACAUAUCUAGAACACCAUGUGGCUGAGCACACUGCUGAGAGCUACAUGCUGCAGUGGCAGCGCGGCCACCUCUCCAACUACCAGUACCUGCUGCACCUCAACAACGUGGCCGACCGGAGCUGCAAUGACCUCUCCCAGUACCCCGUAUUCCCGUGGAUCAUAAGUGACUAUUCCAGCUCCGUGUUAGACUUGACAAAUCCAGGAACCUUCCGGAACCUUAGCCAACCAGUCGGGGCUCUGAAUGAGGAACGGUUGCACAGACUGCUGACACGCUACCGGGAAAUGCCUGAGCCCAAGUUCAUGUACGGAAGCCACUACUCUUCUCCGGGAUACGUGCUCUUCUACCUUGUUCGGAUUGCACCAGAGUAUAUGCUGUGUUUACAGAAUGGAAGAUUUGAUAAUGCAGACAGAAUGUUUAACAGUAUUGCAGAAACUUGGAAAAACUGUUUGGAUGGUGCCACAGAUUUUAAAGAGUUGAUUCCUGAAUUUUAUGGUGAUGAUACCAGCUUUUUAGUCAAUAGCCUGAAAUUGGAUUUGGGAAAGAGACAAGGAGGGAAGAUGGUUGAAGAUGUGGAACUUCCCCCUUGGGCAUUGAGCCCCGAGGACUUCCUGCAGAAGAGCAAGGACGCACUGGAAAGCAGCUAUGUGUCAGAGCAUCUUCACGAGUGGAUUGACCUAAUAUUUGGCUACAAGCAAAAAGGCAUUGAUGCUAUAGGCGCCCAUAAUGUGUUUCACCCACUGACCUAUGAAGGAGGUGUUGACUUGAACAGCAUCGAUGACCCUGACGAGAAAGUGGCCAUGCUGACCCAAAUCCUGGAAUUCGGGCAGACACCAAAGCAGCUCUUUGUGACCCCACAUCCUCGAAGGAUCACCCCGAAGUUUAAAAGUUUGUCCCAGACUUCCAGCCUCAAUGCCUCCCUGGCAGAUUCCCCAGGUGAAGAGUCCUUUGAAGACCUGACGGAAGAAAGCAGAACCCUCGCCUGGAUGAACAUCAGCAAGCUGCAGCUACAUGAGCACUACAAGAUUCAUAAAGAGGCAGUGACUGGAAUAGCAGUCUCCUGCAAUGGCUCGUCAGUCUUUACCACAUCCCAAGAUUCCACCUUGAAGAUGUUUUCUAAGGAAUCCAAAAUGCUCCAACGAAGUAUAUCAUUUUCAAAUAUGGCUCUAUCAUCUUGUUUACUUUUACCAGGAGAUGCCACUGUCCUAAGUUCUUCAUGGGAUAAUAAUGUCUAUUUUUAUUCCAUUGCGUUUGGAAGACACCAGGACACCUUAAUGGGACAUGAUGAUGCUGUCAGUAAGAUCUGUUGGCAUGACAACAGGCUGUAUUCUGCAUCGUGGGACUCGACAGUCAAGGUAUGGUCCAGCAUUCCCACAGAGAUGCUGGGAACCAAAAGGCACCAUUUUGACCUGCUUGCUGAGCUGGAGCAUGAUGUCAGCGUAGAUACAAUCAGCUUAAAUGCUGGGAGCACACUCUUGGUUUCUGGCACUAAAGAAGGCAUGGUGAGCAUUUGGGACCUCACGACUGCCACCCUGCUUCACCAGGUACCCUGCCACUCAGGGACUGUGCAUGAUACUGCAUUUAGCCCAGAUAGCCGCCAUGUCCUCAGCACGGGCCACGACGGCUGUCUCAACGUCAUCGACGUACAGACGGGAAUGCUCAUCUCGUCUCUGACUUCAGAAGAACCACAAAGGUGCUUUCUCUGGGAUGGAAAUACAGUUUUGUCUGGAAGUCAGUGUGGUGAACUGUUUGUUUGGGACCUCCUGGGAGCUAAAAUCAGUGAGCGAAUUCAGGGCCAUACAGGUGCCGUGACGUGCAUGUGGAUGAACGAGCACUGCAGCAGCAUCAUCACAGGCGGUGACGACAAGCAGAUCUUGUUCUGGAGACUGCAGUACUAA